AUGAGCAAAGAAGGCAGUGAUCUAAUGGAGAUUCUGUGUGUAAGUAUUAUAUGCAUCAAUUAAUGUAUCGAUUAUCGCAUAUAGAAAAUACGAAAAAGAGCUCAUAACAUAUCUCCUCAUUGCAGUAUUUAUUACUAUACCAUGUUCUUUGACAUUUAGGAAGACGACGACUUAGAAGCUGAAAUAAAAGCCAAAGCGUACCCUAGAAUAAUUGGCGUUGGAGAAAAUCUUCUCAAGCUUGACAAGGCAGUGAUAUGUAUAGAAGGGAAAGAACUUGUCGACGUGACUUCCCGUCCCAUGGACACGGUUUUAUUUUCUUUAUACGCCACGUAUUAUAUUUUUUCUAUCGCAUAUCCUGUUGAUCACAAGGAUCUAUUUCUUUUUAUAGAUUCGAUUAUUGUUGGCAUUCAACAGAAUGCAUCAAGCAGAAUUAGCUUGCAAAAAUUUGUUAAAGCCUUAAAGAAGUUACUGUAACUUACAGUAGUAGCAUGCAGUAGCGUUAGUUUAUACCGCGUUUGUUAAAUGCGAAGGGGCUGUUUAUAUAUGAGAUAUGUGGGACGUUUCCUGUACUCAAACCGGGAUCCCGUUCAUCGUCCUGUCCCGACAAACGUCCCGUUCCGCCUCCCAUAUAAACAACUCCUAAGCCUGCAUGUUUUUUUUAUAUAUCAAUUGUAAAAAAGAUAUAGUUUUUUUUUGGAAGCAAAUAAAUUCAACUUUAUGUUCGC